AUGUCAUCAAUAACUUUUCUUUUCUCUUUUGCGUUCUCUUUCUCUCUCUCUCUCUCUUUUGUCCUUUCUCUCCCCCCUCUCUCUCUCUCUAAACGCAAGAAAUAUAAACGCUCACUCUCCCACAGACACGCCGUCGCCUCUCUCUGUCUUUUCUACAAAUACUUUCAUGUUGAAACCUUCUCUCCAUCACUUCAUUCAUUUCUCUUCUUUUUUUCUUUUCUUUUUUUAGAUAAGCUAGAUAGUCAUUUUGUACGCAUUCAUAAAAGUAGAUUGUUUUAUUCUAUUAAUAAUCUAUCUAUCUAUCUAUCUAUCUAUCUAUCUAUCUAUCUAUUAGGCAUAUUUCUACCCUUCUUCUUCUUUUUUUUUAUUUUCCCUUCUUUCCUUUCUUCCCUUUUUCUACCCUCAUUCUCUUCUUGUCAUAUUUUUCUAUCUUUUUUUGUCACCUCCUUUAUUUUUCUGGUGCCGAAAUACAACUCUUUCCAGAUAAUAUCUAUCUAUCUAUCUAUCUAUCUAUCUAUCUAUCUAUCUAUCUAUCUCAAUGCAUAUAUAUAUGUAUACGUGUGUGCUCGGAAACUAGUUGCCGAACGUUUCACCAUUUUCUUCACAAAGGAUGCACUAACACAGUCGUUCAGGACGAAAUGGUUAGGUAGAAUGCUAACGUUUGAGGAACUGGUUGUAGCCGAUAGAAUGGAGUAA